CACCAGCGCGAUCUUGAGCGUCAGAGGAGCCCGUGGAAAGUCAGUCAGUCAGUCACAGAUAUGAAUCAUAAUAACGCUGGAAUAAGCGCAUAACGGCUACAUAUUUGACUGUUAAUAGUAGCGGCAGAUGGACGCGGUUUACUGAGGCGCGUCCGCUGUGAGUGUGUGACGGUAACGGUGUUGUGAGGCGCGGGUUGGGUCGCUCGGUGAGGCCGGUGUGUGUGUGUGAAUGACGGGAGUGUCUGUGAUCAUGAUCUAACGUUAGAAUAGUCGGUGUUUUUCUCUGCUCGUGUGUGUUUCUCGCGCCCUGAUGAUCCGCUCGGUGUUGCUGCGCGCGCUCGCGGCUCGCCCGCCGCCCGCUCCGGUUCCCAGUCACCUGCACAGAUGUUUACUCGGGACUCACCGGCGGAAAAUUAAACCCGAACAGCUGGAGUUACCAAACCAGACGCGGGAGUUCGUGUACAGCCUGAGCCCGGAGACCCGGAGCCGCCUGCUGAAGGAGCUGCAGACCUUCGAGUCCAAGACGGAAGACUCUGGUGAAGCGUCUCGGCUGACGGCUGCUCAGCUCAGAUACAUUCUCCUCCACAACGCCAUUCCCUUCAUCGGCUUCGGCUUCCUGGACAACGCCAUCAUGAUUGCCGCUGGCACUCAGAUUGAACUGUCCAUCGGAUUGACACUGGGAAUAUCCACUAUGGCAGCUGCGGCUCUGGGGAAUCUGGUGUCAGAUCUGGCUGGACUCGGUUUAGCAGGUUAUGUGGAGGCUCUGGCGGUGCGUUUAGGGAUGCAGAUUCCUGAUUUAAGCCCCAGACAGGUGGACAUGUGGCAGACCAGAGUCUCCUCACACAUGGGUAAAGCCAUCGGCGUGGCCAUCGGGUGUAUUCUGGGAAUGUUUCCGCUGCUCUUCUUAAGCGAUGAGGAAGACAAGAAACCCACGAAAGACUCAAAGUGACCUGCUUUUCACGGGCAUGACAGAAACUGCAUUUGUUUUGCCAAAGCAUCUGAAGAAAAUCCUGCAAAUGAACAAACGUGCACACGGUAAACCGCAUCAAAAUAAAAAAAUAACAUUAAACAGUAGAGAGUAGCAAACAACCUUAGCUAAUAGUUAAACGUUUAAUCUAGCGAUGAAGAGUAGAUGUGUUCUAAUGCGCAUGAGUUUGCUUUACGUUCCUCCUAUAAACACUAUUUUAAAGGCCCGAUCACAUCGAAAAUGAUAACGUUUUUAUAAUCAUGUUUUAGAACGAUGCUGAGGAUUGACGGUGGGGUUUUUUUAGCUGAUGAAUGGUAAAAGCACUGACGGCCAAUCAGAAUCGGCGAUGAACAUUUAAAAAGACGGAACACUUUUAGACUAUUUACAGCUGCUCACUUCAUGCGCUUUUUCUGAUCGA